UGGUCAGUAUUAUUGGCCUGAAUCAAAAGCCAAAGAAAAUUUCAAAAAAACCUCUUUUGUUUUUUUGGGUUCUGUUCGCUGCUUUUUCAAUCCUCACCGUCACCGAUAAGAGGAAAAAAGGGGAACAAUCAUGAAAGGAGCCAAACGUUUCGCCGUGUCAGACGCGGCGGCGGACACCAACGACACGGCUCUCGUGAAUAAAAGAAUAAUGACACCAUCUCAGCAGCAGUUGACUGCAACUGUACCUUUGGACUUACACCGAGCCGAGUCUUCUCGACAGCAUGUGAGAGCUCUAAAUACUCAAUUUGCCAGUUGGGUGCAAGCACAACUGAAGAAUCAUCCAGAUGAAAUUUGGGAAGAUGGGGUUCGAGACUACCUAGCUCAUGCUUCAAACAUUAUGGAGAAGUUCAGUGAUGUUGUGAACUGGCUCAAAGCAAAUGCUAUAAAAGGAGGAACUGCUGCUGAAUCUCUUGGCGCUGAAAAGAAACUAGUGCCUGAGGUAAAGAAUAAUGAUAGUAAGAUAUUCCAGGUGAAAACUGGAUUAGUGACGCCGAGCACAAAUGCAAGUUUUCCGUCAUCAUGGAGCUCUGGUAUAUUAUCCAACAAUCAAAGUUCUGGAGGAGUAUUCUCUAAUAGCCAAAGCUCUGGUAUGUUUACCAGUAGCCCAAACUCUGUUUUAUUCUCCAACAGUCAAAGCACUGGGUUGUUCUCCAAGAGCCAGAGUUCUGGAUUAUUCUCCAACAGUCACAGCUCAUCACUUUCUUCUGUUAACCAAAGUACUGGAUUGUUCUCCACCAGUCAGAGCUUUGGGGGUUCCUUCAGUAAUCAAACCUCUGGAUUGUUCUCCAGCAGUCACAGCUCUGGACUUUCUUUUACUAAUCAAAGCUCUGGAUUGUUCUCCAACAGUCAGAGCUCUGGACUUUCUUCUAAUAAUCAAAGCUCUGGAUUUUUUUCCAGCAACCAAAGCACAGGAGUGUUUUCCAGUACUUCAACCCCAAUCUUGUUUGGAGGUCAAAACUCAGGUUCCGCAAACCAUAACACUUCGGAUGAUGUUGAUGAUGAGAAUGAGCCAGAGCAACCUAGCAGCCCUUCAGUCAAGAAGUCUGAAGAGAAGGGUAUUGUUGUAGUUCAUGAAGUCAAGUGCAAGCUGUAUGUCAAGUCAAGUGAUCCAGCAGAUAAAGACACAUGGAAAGACAAAGGUACCGGGCAGCUUUCUAUCAAAUGUAAAGAGGAUGUGGGCACGGGUACAAAGGAGUCCAAACCAACAAUAAUUGUUCGAAAUGAUGCUGGAAGAGUGUUAUUAAAUGCUUUGCUAUAUCCAGGAAUCAAGACAAAUGCACAAAAGAAUUCCCUUGUUGCAAUAUUUCAUACUGCGGGCGAGGAUGGUGGCAAUAAUGAUAAUGUUGUGGCACGCACCUACUUAAUUAGGACAAAAACAGAGGAGGAUCGAAAUAAAUUGGCAACAGCAAUACAAGAAUAUGCGCCUGCAUCAUGAGAGUUGUAUGACAUGAUUCUUAAAUUUUGCAGUGAUAAUGUUUGUUAGGAACUAAGCCAACUUGUUUGGGAAGCCAAAAAUAACCGGGGGUCAAUUUUUCAUAAUUUGGACCCUAUGAAUCAAUUGUAUUUAAAUUACUUGUACCAUGAGAGAGGGAAAAAAAGAAAGAUCUCUUAUUCUGAUCUUAGAAUUAUUGGUCGUAUGGUAUGUUUUGCUGUUAAAGGUUGGAUAACAGUUCUAUUUGUAAUUUUGGGGAAUGAGAGCACGUGAUCAAUGCUUUCUUAUUCAAGGGAUGAAGACUGGUUGUGAUUUGAUGGAAUUAAAGCUAGACUGCAUCUUGUAAUGGCUUUUUUUUUCAAA